AUGCAGUUCGUAGACGCGUGCUUUUCGAUAACGCCACUGAGUGGGAGAGUCUGGGCUCAUUCCGAGGUGGACGUUGUGGUGUGCUUCACUCCUGAAGAAGCACAUUUGUAUUCUUGUCGAGCAUUUCUCGAGAUCGCGGGGCAGGCAGCACGUCUCCCGCUACAACUGCGAGGUAAGGGGAUUGGUCCCAAGGCCAAAGUGGUGUACAAUGAGCCUGUGGACUUCGGCGAUGUGUUCAUCAAUGACGAGCGUACGCGAGGCUUUACCAUUCAAAAUAAGGGCGAAAUUCCAGCAGAAUUCGAGCUGAUCCCGUUGACGACGCCUCCAGGUACUUUGUUAACAGUUCAUCCUAGAUACGGGACUCUGGCGGUCAAUGAGAUGCUCAAGAUUGAGGUGACUUUCUGCUCUCAAGAGCUGGGAGAAGCCUUCUACCACAUUUGCUUCGGCAUGCAGGGCUCCGAUGAGCAAUUAGCAGCGCGUUUUAAAGCGAACGUGAUCCCCCCAGUAUUCCACUUCGAUGUGGACCAAGUGGACUUUGGAGCGAUCUCCUAUUCCUUCCCACAGACCCGAACCGUCAAGCUUGUCAACGCUUCUAAGAUCGCAAUGAAAUAUUUUCUGCGCGUCCCGGAAGAGGCCAACUACAAGCAAAAGGAGCUCGAGCUAAUCCCGUCAGAUGGAAAGCUAGACCCGUACGGAGAGCAGCAGAUCUCGAUCCGAUUUACGUCCCACAACGUCAAAGUUUACCAGUACGAGCUUGUUGUUGGUGUCCCUGGUGUCGGAGCUGAUUUGCUGAGUAUUCCCGUGCGCGCUCAGUGCUUUGUCCCUGAGAUAGCCGUCCUUAAACAGGAGCUAGAUUUCGGUCGAUGCUUUCUUCGAUACCCGCAUAAGCAGAUGCUCGUCUUGGAGAACAAGUCAACGCACUUGUUUGGACGCUUUGAAAUCGGUGAGCAGGAUGAUCACUCUCGUGCCAUCGCCACAUAUAGCACAAGUGAGUUCACCGGCAGUGUAAGUCCAGGCGAGCGCGUGUCUGUGGAGAUCUCGUUAUCUUGUGAAAAGCUUGGCAGUAUCCGCCUUCCAAUGGUGAUAACUGUCCUAGGUAGCACUGAUCUCCCCUUGUCUGUGACCCUUAGCGCUACUGGCUCUGGUCCAAAGGUUGAAUUGGACCAACCCGAGAUAAACUGGGGAAACUGUUCGUGUCUCGUGGAUCAUGAACGGACCCUGCGCAUGACCAAUGUCUCGUUGAUCGCGGCAGCGUACAAAACAUUUGUUCGCGGCGCUCGUUCGAAGUUCCAGAUUGACCAGAAAGAAGGUGUGCUGAUGGCUGGCGAAAGUCUCGAUUUUGUGCUCGUGGCCAACCUGGAUGAUACUAUGGUGUUCAAGGACCAACUACACAUUUUGAUCACAGAAGGGGACAAUCUCGUCGUUCCCUUAUGGAUCAGAGGAACGGGAACAACCAUGUGGUCGCCGAGUGAACUUCGAGUUAUCGAUUUAAGUCACCAAAUGACUAGCAAGGAGUGUGAGUGGAGCUGUACUCUUGAAAACAAGGGGAAGCGUGUACAGGUGCUCACUUGGACCAACAAAAUCGUCGCUGUUGCCAACAGUAAACUCAACCCGACAGACCGGGGGACGUCAAAGUCAAGAGCAGGACAGGAUAAUCGAUCGACUACAAAGCCAAGCAAUACGGGCAACAACAACCGCAAUGGAAUGAAUGGCGCACCUGAUGGGCCAGACGAAGUGAUCCCUGCCUUUUCUGUCUUCCCAGGGACGAUCGAGUUGAAGCCACGCACAGCGUGUAUCUUUGUAUUCAAGGGACUUUCUUCGACAGCUGGACUCAUACAAGAAGAACUGGUAUGCGAGACGCGGGUGGGGAAGGAAAAAGUCAGCAGAGUUGCGUUCGUAACUGCGAUCCGCGCUAACUUCAUCGAUCCAAAACUCACCCCGUCUUCGUCGUUGCUGUCGUUCGAGUAUAUUCACCACCCUGGAAAACAAAUCAUAACGCAGUCGCAGCCUCUGAGUUUCACGAAUGCCUGCGAGCUCCCGUUAUCUUUCACGCUCCGCACGCAGACUCCGUUUGCUCUCGAUUGCUGGGAGGCAGUGCUACAACCAGGUGAGAAGGUAGCUCUACACGUGGAGUUUUAUCCAGGAUUCAAGGAUGACCACACUUGUCGGGUCAUAAAUGGAAAGGUACUUGUUUCCUACACGGGGCAUCCCCAGAAAGACAGUGUGGAGCUGAUAGGAGACAUAAGCUUCCCCAAUCUUUCCUUCGGGAUGACCAAAAUCGACUUUGGCUGCACACUGAAUGUGGACACGAGUUUUCGCUGGGUUUUCAUAGAAGACGAGAAGGAGGCUUUGUCUAGCGCUACUGCCAAGAAACCAUACAUUCCUAUCAAUCAAGUGUUCGACAUCCUGCCGAUCCGCGGGACUCUGAAACCAAAUGAGAGCGAGAAGAUCGAUUUUGUUUACUACGGGCAUGCAAACCGAAAGUUUAAGAGUACUGUGGCCUGUGAAGUGGGAGGUGGUCCUGAGUACGAGCUAACUCUUUUGGGCGAAGCAUCGUCUCUUGUGUACAAGCUGGACAAACAAUCGCUGGACUUUGGCCAAGUACUAUACAACAAGACGGAAGAUCGCGACUUUUACAUUCUGAACGUUGGUAAAGUGCCUUUCUCUUUCAACAUUGUGGUCGAUAGCGUUGCUUGUGGAAGAGCUUUGGAGAUCUCGCCUAUCAGUGGGAGGAUUGCCCCCAACGAGAAGCAAAAAAUUCUGACUCGCUUACGCCCUGGCAUCCCUGAGUAUUUCGAAGAGACUAUGGUGCUUGAGAUCGCGCAUUUCGAGCCAAUUCCGUUCAAAUUGUUUGGUAGUGGAACGUUUGCCGCAGUGUCACUGAAUUUACCACGCGAACCCCAUUCAUCUAGCGCUGUUCGUGGCGAAGAACCGAAGUGGAAGGAGUUAAAGAAGCGCGCGAAACAGAGUAUUGAGCUUGGGAUGCAAAGCUCGGCAUCGACUGUGUCAACCGCAGGUCGAGAAAUUGAGAAGCUCAGCUCUGCAGUAUUAUUGCCAGCAUCACCCCAGGCAAAGGGAGCAAGUCAACGCAUUGGAGCUCUUGGCUCUCCGGGUCGCGGUGUGGCGACAUCAGCCGUGGACGAGUUGGACAUCGAAAUUGAAGCUUGCCGCUUAUUUUUUGCUGACUAUCUCCUCGUACAAGAAGCAAUAAAAGCCGAGGCAAGGGCAUUGAAGACAAUCGAAGCACAUAACGACCACCCAACUGAAAAAGACCCAGGGAGCACCAAGGCUGCUACUAAACCAUUUCGACCACCUUCGUCUACGUCAGAUGCCAAGAAGAGACGCGGAACAGAAGUGUUUCCAUUUGUAAUGUCCCAAUUCGUGUUAGACUUUGGGAAUGUUGUCGUGGGAACGCAUAAGAUCAAACGGUUUAGUGUUACUAACAUCGGUCACGGCCCUGCUUCGUUCCAACUUGACAAGAAUUUGGCAAGCUCCAGAGGCUUCCAGAUUGAGCCUGAGAGAGUAGUGCGAUUGCCCGAAAAAGAGUCCGUUGAGUUUAGUGUCACUUUUCACGCUCGCAAAAACGUUGGGAUGGGCCUCCACAUGACUCAGUUGCCCAUUGUGAUCAAGAACCGACCUCCUUGUAUUGCGAUGGUUCGAGCUCUUGUGACGGUGCCAGAUAUCUCCAUCUCGACUGAAAGUCUUGAUUUUGGCAAGAUCGCGGUGAGUACGUGCCACACCAUGUUUACUCAGUUGCAGAAUAUCUCGGCCGUGCCUGCAGAGUGGGCGUUCAAGAAGCCGAUGGGAUCUACGAAGGAUGUGGGGAAUUUCCGCUUUAGUCCGCAGUCUGGACUACUAACACCGGGGGCCAAAGCAAAUAUUCAGAUCGAGUUUAUUCCGGAUAGUGGACGCCAGUUCAUGCUCAAGCUCCCGAUCAAGAUCAGCUCGAAUCCAAAGACACGAUCCAUUGCUUGUCGUGGAGAAGGGUCAGAAUUACGUAUCUCUUUCUCUCCGCCUCUUAUUGAGUUGGGUCCUGUGCUCCCUUGUGCUCCACCGGAAGAACAACUAGUAGAGAUACGCAAUGACUCGGACUACCCAAUUGAGGUGUUUUCUCUGGACUUUGACUCGAUGUAUCAACAGGAUGAAGAACAAUUCCGGUCUCUGAAUGCUUUCAACGCGGAGGAUAUGCUCCAAUUGUCGGUUCGUGUUCCAGGGCAACCUAUUGAUGAAUACUUGGCGGAAAAUGGAAAAGGUAUUGACUACAUAAUGGUAGGCCCACCACGAUGCGGGAAGUCAACACAGGCGCGUCUUCUUGCAGAGAAGGAAUCGUUGGCUAUCUGGACGAUUGAUGGCGCAAUUAACUCGAUAUGCGCCGCAAAGGGAUCGCUAGCGACAGCCGCACGUAAAGCGCUUGUAGAAUCCAUCGCUGACAGACUCGCUCAUUUAUUAAACCAGAUUGUUUUGUGGAGACUGGCACAACCAGAUCUCAAAAGCGGCAGCGUUUUGGACGGUUUUGAAAAUUCAUUUCUAAGCGUUGAAGAAACGCUUAAAUGCUGCUCGGUAACUGCGCGGAUCAUCGUACUGGGAUUCGAUGAAGACAGCUACGAGUCGAUGAGUACGGUGCUUGAAAGUCAAACCAGUAGACCCGGAAGUGGCGGUUUUGUUUCGCCAUCUCCUUCGCGUGAUCGCUUAAAUCCGGUCGGCUCAGGAAACGUUGGGAAUAAUGAUACAGCUGGAAACACUGUAAGUGACAAGGCCAACGAUCUGACACAUUCACUGUCUGCACAAGAACUCAAGCCUGCAACCUUUGUGGAGUAUUCACAAAUGCUAAAAGCCAUGAAGCGUCAAUUGGCUUUGAUUAUAGUUCGAGAGGAACUGGAAAUGGAAAGCUCUACCCCACUGAGCUCUGAGGCGUGUGAUAAUGAUGAUGCCAUAUGGUCACAAGUGAAGGAUCGAGCUACACCCGACCGUUUCCUUCUGGACAUUCCAAUCGUAGAUGCUGGCCCACCGCUUCUUAUCCACAGUGCAAUCUUCUCAGCUGUUGAAAAGUUUGUCCGCGAGUUGGAAACCAGCCACAAACCAAUCCCCUCUCCUGCCAAGUUUCAACUUGUUCGGAGGCCUCUAGAGAGGUUUCCUCGAAAAAGAGUCGCUCGUUUUUCAUUGCGGUCGCCAGCAAUGCAAUCUUCAGGUGCACAUGAAGCUAGCAGCAGUGAGAAGAGCCUCCAUACCAGUGGAUCGCGCUCUCAAAUACCAAGCAAACACUCUUCGCGUCCUCAAACUGCUGGUAAAACGCCGAGUCACGUACAGACGCGAGUUUGUCCUUCCGCUUGCCGCUGGGUAAUUGCUCCUCACUCGAGAGUUAAUGUGCUGGUUCAGCUCACUUCACCUGAUAUUGGCAACUUCGACUGCACUUUGGGCUUUGAAAUUGUAGGUGCAUUUGUUCAGAAGAAAUUUGUGAUCUCAAGGAACCAGUUCGAGUUCGGUCCGCUUAUUAUCACCAACCAGCAAGCGAAAGCACCGCAGACCGAGCGAGAGUUCAUCGAGUGGCAGAAAACGAGUCCAAACAAUGUCGAAGUGUUCCGGAUGUCCAAUAGCAGCAAGUUUCCGAUUCAACUGGAGUAUGGAAUGGAAAAGCAAGGAGAUGAUACAUUUGUUGUGUUCCCUGCUGCAGUUGAGAUCAAUGAGGGCGACACGAGAGAAGUCAAAGUGUGGGCAAACCCGUUGGAGGUUGGGCUUCAUGAGAACGCCUUAAUUUGCUGUAUUGGCGACAACCCGGAGCCUGUGAAAUUCCAGAUCAGUUGCUACGGAUGUAAACCAGAGUUAAAGCUGCGAGGACCAUGGGAACAACCAGCUGCGGCGAGUACAUCAGAGCGGGAGGACCAUCGACAGGCUGACGACGCAACAACCAGUAAGACUCCCAGGUCUUCUAGGUCCGAUAACCCUGGCAGUGCCCCUGCCACUUCUAGACCUAGUGCAUCCCUAGUGGAACAACCUUCUGUUCCAUCCCACUCACACAAACAACCAGUUUUGGAUUUCGAGCAGCUCUUGCUGAAGCGACAAGAGGAAAAGGUAUUUUACAUCGAGAAUGUGGCGCCUGUUGCGGUCUUGUGGCGUUUACUAUGCGAUAACUUACCAGAAGAUUUUCGGAUUUUCCCAGUCGAAGGAACUGUGAAACCUCUGGAGAAAAUCCCAGUAGUGGUUGUGUUCUCGGCAAUGACAGAAGCUGUUCACGAGCUUCUGCUGCGAAUUGAAUUCUCGGAUGCUGAGAGCGCUCUUCAAAUGAAUGACCGGAAUCGGACGGUUGAGUUAACAUUGCGAGGAGAAGCUUACAAGAUCGAUGUGAGUUCUUUUGACAAUGAAACUAGAGAAGAUCCUGGCCAAGCAACAUCUAGAGCUGCAGGAAACACGGUGAGCGGUGACGGGAUUCUGGACUUUGGUCUGGUUCGAGUUGGAGAGAAGCACUUUAGAGUAUUCAACAUUCGCAAUAGAGGCAAAUACAGCAUCAAGUAUAUCAUCGGCAUUAGAAAUGCAGUCACUCGUGAGUACUUCACGAUCGAGCCAAGCGAAAUGGUGCUGGAGCCUGGGCAGUCUUCAUCAGUGAAUGUCACGUUUGCAUCCAAGAGCGAAGUCACGCUCCGUGACUGUAAGGAUAUCAAGUGCACUAUUAUUGAAAUGCUGUCAGGGGAGGCGUGUCGUGAGUUCUACGUCCACGCUAGUGCCCGAUCGGUCUUCAGUAAGUUUCGACUCCGGCCAAACCAUGGAAUUAACUUUGGUCCCCACAAGUACAGUGAACAAGCACAAACCAAGAGGAUUGAAAUACGAAACGAUUGCGAAUUCCAGUUUAAAUUCCGCGUCCAAGCUUCUAGACCGGUGACUGAAAGAGAGGAAACGGAGCCUUUGACGUUAGAUACACCACUGUCUCCAGCCACAUUCUCCAUAGGCCACUUUGCGCUUUCCCCAGAUUGCGGCACUAUCGACCCUGGAGCUACGAUGCGAUUGGAUGUCGCAUUCCAGCCGAAGGAGUGCGCUGUGUACAGCGAGACACUUCAGAUUGAGAUUUCAGGUCGCAAUACGGAGGAUGCGACUGAGACGGACAUGCUGCUGUACGAACUAAUCGGUGAAAGUUGCUACCCAGGCAUUAACACGACGGAUUACGAGAGUAUCUUCGAGGAACAAACGGUAAUUUGCUCAUUAGGAGUCGAGUCGGUUACGCCAAUGUCAUCACUUCGCAGUUCGUCUUAUCAUGGGAAUGCCCAAGCGGUCACAUUCGCAGAAAAGGAAAAGAUUUUCUCGUUUGGUCCGUUGAUUGCAGCGGCAAAUUGGAAAGGAACAGUGGAGCGCUUCAAGAUCUCGAAUCCGAUGAAAGUGAGCAGCACGGUGCAGUUUUCUAUAACAAACGGUAGCACUGGAAGUACCGAGUCCGAAAAUGGCUCUCCAGCGUUCAUUGUACAGCCAGCUGUAUGGGAGAUUCCUCCCCUUGAGCAUCGUUUCGUAAGCGUUUACUUCCGCCCAGCGACCAUUGCCUUGUUCCGGGCCACUUUUAAUGCGGUGGUUGAUGAUAGUCCUCCUCAAAGCAAUGUGGCGGAUAAACUUCUCGAGUUCGAGAUGCGAGGGGAAGGAACAAUGCCCUGUGUUUUAAUUACGGAGCCGACAGCUCGAGACUCAAGUGGUACCAUGAUGUUAGAUUUUGGUCGAGUUCGGACUUCAAAAACCAAGGAUAUGCGUUUAGCACUACGCAACGAUGGGAUUCUACCAGCAACCGUAUUAUUUUCUAGUCAAUCGAACCCUAAUUUCCUGUUCGCAAUGGGCAAUGGAUCGGUAAUGGUGGCCCCAAAAGCUACUGAGACGCUGACCUUGCAGUUCCGACCCCAGAAGGCUCAUGACGAGCCAGUCACAUCACAACUCAAAAUUGCAGUGCAGAAUAAUCCUUUUGAAGAGACGGCGGUCACGCUCUUUGGAUGCGGAUAUCAAGAAGAUUUGGUAUUUGAAGACUUGCCUUGUGGGUACGAUGAUGAACUUCACUUUGAUGAUAUUCGGUUACCAGACGUGAGUGAGACGAAGAACGAUGGGUUUCUAAUUUUUAAGAGCACGAAGGUGUUCUCGCUACGCAAUCAAUCAUCUGAUAUCAUGCGUUUCGAGUGGCCAAAAGCUGAUCCAUUCCACUUCUCCCCGUGUGUCGGUCAUCUCAUGCCAAAUGCUUACAAGCUGAUUAGAUCCACAUUUGAACCGGCACAUAAAACGGCCAUAUAUCAGGCUCAUCGCAUCGCUUUGCAGUCUCAGCGAAUCUCGUAUAAAAGCAGCUCAGUCAAUCGGAGUGACGAAAGUGGCUGGGAUGACUCUUUUCAGACGGUUUCAUUUGGCGGACAAGCAGGAGCUGGAGGUGUUGCAAAGCAAACACUUGUGGAGCCUGAAUUUGAAGCAAUUGGGCCUCCCUCGACCAUCGUAUUAAGUUGUUUUGCUGCAGCUGAUACCCUAUCUUUCGAGUGUGAUAAAACUUCUAUCACAUUUCGCAGAACCUUCAUGCUACAAGUGUGUACGCACAAAAUCACGCUGCAAAACAAGAGCAAAAUCCGUUUGGCAUACUCGUGCAGAUGGGAGGAAGGACUUCAUGGUCAGUCUGACUUGGGGGGUAUUGAUGGUGAUGUGGACGAUAAUUGCCCUUUUGACGUGACACCUGCUACUGGGACAAUCAACGGGGAAGAAACUCAAACGUUUACUAUUAAGUUUGCCCCAAUGGAAGUGGAUGGUUAUUUGUACUGCUUGUGCUUCGACAUUCCAGACACUCAAAAGGAUAAAGUUACGGUGCUUCGAGUGGAAGUUCGUGGUGAGUCUCUCCGACCUGCUUGCCAUUUCGAUGUAGAAAGGAGUGACUAUGCGCAAUGGAGAGCUCCGAACCUCCCAGGCCCUCAUGGUGAGCUGGGGCCGUUAGAUCCUUCGAUCAGAAUCAUCGAAAUGGCGUCUCUUGGCGUUCGAGUCCGCAACACACGGCGGUUUUACGUGGUUAACCCAACGAACGUGUCGUAUGAGUUUUCGUGGAUCCCGCAAGGGAACAACAACCCGUGCUUUCGGUGCGCGACACCGAAGGGUCUGAUGCUUGCUGGUAAACGAUGUGAGAUGAUUUUUGAAUUCACUCCACAGCAAUUAGAGCUCCAGGAAAUGUUCUGGUACUUCAAAUUCCGCAUUUCCAGGUUAGUCAGCUUUUCUGUCAACUUUAACACACUGAUGAUCGGAACAAAGACAUCUCAAAGCAUUUCGUUGAUCAAUCAGGAGCUUAUUCCAUUCAAUUUUGUAUUGGACAAGACGUCGCUGGACUUUGCAGGAGAGUUACCUGCAUUGAUUGUUCACCCUCUGAGUGGCGUGAUUCCACCCAAUAGUCGAACUUCGAUCGAGGUUGAGUUCAUGCCGACUGAAGAAAAGUCGUACAGUUUUAAUCUGAACUGUAUCAUCAAGCGCAAACCCACGCGACUAUCUCUGAAUGUCAAAGGGGAGGGCUAUAGUAUUCACGAUGCACUCAUCUUGACAUCUGAAGAUCAAAGCGAAAGCCGGGCAUUAGUUUCAGGCCUCGGUAAUUUGUUGGACUUUGGAGCUGUGCGCGUCAACGAGGAAGCCCAGCGUUUCAUUGUGAUCCAUAAUAAUGGAAAGUUUAACUUCGAUUUCAACUGGACUGUGACAAAAGCAACUGAAGCUUUCAUCAUUGAACCAAUGCAGGGAACGAUCAAGAAGAAUGACAAGACCACAUGCGCACUGAGGUUUUCUCCGACAAAGCAAACAUCUCUCGACGGGAUGCAGGUGACCUGUACUAUUGCUGGCUCUCAAAACUACGUGCUAGCACUGCACGGGAAUGCUGUUCCUCCGAUGUUGCACUUGUCGUUCACCUCUCACGACUUUGGUCCCUGUUUCAUCGCAGAAAAUGAUGCAGUUCCAGUAGCGGAGAUGAUAACGCUCACCGUGUUUAAUAUGGACCCCGAGAGCGCAAUCGAUCUUGAUUGUUUGUUCGAAAAGAAACCUCAUCUUCGCGUGGAUUGUCCUCCAACCAUGGUGGGCCCACGCGAGACAGUCAGCAUUCCCAUAAUGUUUAUAGCACGACAUGAAGUUCCGUAUCUAGAGGUGAUUCCAUUUACGAUCAAUGGGUCAUCUACAGUUAAUGUUAGCAUCCGUGGAGAAGGCGUGUUCCCCAAAAUUGAGCUCGUCAAUUCGUCAAUGCAGAUGGUUUUUCUGGGGAACUUACAGAUCGGACAGCAAAUGUCUCGGACCGUCAAGGUCGCAAACCGCUCCAAGCGAAAAACUGUGAUAGAAUGUGUGGAUUUGGCUCAACCAGGAGUCCCAUUGCUCGAUGCGUUGGGUAUCUCAGUGUUCCCCCAACAAGAGAUCUCACUCCGAGCAAAAGAAACGGCCGACAUUGAGUUCCUCUUUGCCCCGACACGGCGAAUUCCGAGCUUUCAGAAAGAUGUUUUCAUACGAAUGGGAGUGAGCACGAAGAAACUACUCACGCUGUCCGGAUGCUGCCAAGGUAUUGAUGUGAUACUGGAGACUGACACUCUUUCGUACGGACCAAUUUGUCUAGGCAGUCAACUUGUGAGAAAAGUACGGUUGCAAAACCGAGGGGAUGUCGCCGCUAAAUUCCAGUGGAACGUACGCGAGUUUGCCCCCGAAUUUUCAGUGUCUCCAUCCCAAGGGAAUGUAGCCCCCAACCAGCACAAGAUCAUUGAGGUGACCUUCAAACCAGCCGCUGUGGACCCUGACAUUCGUUAUGAGAGAGCCACGUGCAUGGUCGAGGGAACUACUCCCGCCACGCUGACAUUGGUGGGCUCAUGUGUUCCUCAAGCAACGUCAUCGAUUCAAGACGUUCACUUCAGUUCUCCAGUUCGACAGGAGAGCCGCAAUGUCAUAGUACUCGAGAACACGACUUCGUCUCCCUGGAACUUGUUCCCAGUGGUUCAAGGUGAUCACUGGUCGUGCCUAGAGAAUAUUCUAGUCUCUGCACACGGGACAGCCAACCUUGACGUGCUAUACUCUCCUUUGGCUAUGACAAAACAAAACUCCCAUGAAGAAAUCGAUGAACAGCGCCCAACAGUCCACACUGGCUCGAUUUUUCUCGCUAUACCCGAUGGAAGUGCGCUCUUGUACAAUCUAUUCGGCAAAGCGUCAGCACCGUUGCCCAUAGCACCAACCUUCCUGUCCACUGCAGCAAAGAAGAAUUUGUCAAUUUCGAUUCCGAUCAAGAACUGGCUGAAGACACCGCAAACAUUUGCUGUCGAGACUCAAAAACCACCAGGAAAUGAGUCUGUCGUUAUUCAAGGGCCAUCGUCAAUCCUACUACACGCUGGAGUGACGCGCAACUACAACAUGAAGUUCUUCUGCUACAUUGAAGGAACCGUUAACUUGAGUGUACGCAUGGUGAAUCAAAAGAGUGGUGAAUACGUCGUACAAGACGUGAACGUCACCGUUUCUAAGGCUGUUGAUGUGGACACGCUUUUCUUCGAGACACCAGUGAGGCAAUCGGUCAAGAAGAUGGUGGCCAUUGAGAAUCCUUUUGACAUCCAACGCCCGAUCAAUUUUGUGGAUAAAGCUCACUGGUGGAAAUGUUCCAGUCCUUUUAUUCGUGUACGACAACUCAGUGAGAUCAGUGGACGCGCCGAAGGCCACUACGAGGUUGAAUACCGGCCAACGCUUCACUCGGAGACACCGACUGAGGACCGUUUAACCAUCAGCUUUGUGGAACUCGGUGAGUAUACGUACAAUCUGGUAUUGCGUACUCUGUCAGUCGGUCCCGAACGCAUUUUGUACUUCAAGGCUCCUCUGGGUGGAUCUCAAACUCAGGCAUUUCCCUUCACCAGCUAUGCCGUUGCUACAGCAGAGCUUUCAUGCUCCGUCCAGGACCCAACUUCGUUUUCUGUGCCAGCAACGUGGAAAGUGGAAGGGCCCUCCUCCUGGGAAGGGAAAGCUGAAUCCAUCCUUGUCAAGUUUGAGCCUGAAGCUAUUGGUGAGCUCCGUGAUACGCUUACGCUCUUUUCCAAUACUAUCGGCGAGUACAAGUGCACGUUGCAAGGGCUAUCAGUGCCCCCACUGCCUCAAGGCCCGUACGUGUUCUUGACAACACAAGACAUUGAGUUUAAGAACGUUUUCUCGACGCCGAAAGAAUUCGAGAUUAUGGUCGACAACCCACGCUUUGUACUGUCAACGACAUCCUUAUCGAUCCCAGCUAAAGCGUCUAAAAUCAUCACAGUCAAGGUCGACGCUACUCUGUCAUCAGGAACAAGUGAAAAGACGACUGCAAGCGAGACUGGCAAACUGCUUGUGUCUUGCCCGCAGUUCAAGGAAUUCUCGCCAUGGGUGUACUAUCUGGAGGCAAGAACGCUAUGA